GUACUUUGUGUUGGACUUUGAGACAGGGAUUCUGCAGUAUUUUGUGAAUGAACAAAGUAAAAACCAGAAGCCACGAGGAACCUUGUCUUUAGCUGGAGCUAUAAUAUCGCCCAGUGACGAAGUGCCACACAUGUUGGUGGUCUACUCUGCUAAUGGAGAGAUGUAUAAGUUGAGAGCUGCUGAUGCAAAGGAGAAACAAUACUGGAUAACUCAGCUUCGAUCCUGUGCCAAACAUCACAAGGAAGGUAAUUCUAAGAGCAUUUCAUCCUCGCGAAGUAGAAGCUCAUCUCUGCUGCCGCCUGGGACAGUUAAUUCUGCAUCUCCUGGUGGCCAGAAACACACGACUCAGAGUGGGCCAACUGUCGUAACCAUCACACAUCACAAAUCACCUGCAACCGCUCGAAGAGCAAAGAAUCAGCGAUCUGGCCAACUCCAUGAAGUCAGAGAGAUCAUGAGCCAAGUUGAAGGACAACAGAAGAAUCUUGUACAAGCCAUUGAAUCUCUCCCAAGUUCUGGGCCCCUUUCUGCCUUGGAUCAGGACUUGCUACUUUUAAAAGCUACCUCUGCUGCCACCCUGAGCUGCCUUGGAGAAUGCCUGAGUCUAUUACAACAAAGCAUGCAUCAAGUGGGCCAACAUCAUAACAGGACACUGUCGUCAGAGGGUAUCCUGGGAUGGCCUGGCCCCAAGUCACACUCCACAGAACAGCUGAAAAAUGGUGCCCUCAGCUCCUUAUCUUCUGCUAGUGCCAACAUUACAUGGGCAAUAGUACCAUCUGCAGCCCAGGAUGGACAGGCACUACCACCAAAUACAGAGCAUUCAGCUUCUGAGUUGAUCCUAGUUGAAGAUGAAAUGACAGAUACUGAAGAUAAUGAAGAGGAAGAUUUAGGAGUCAUGGAUGAUCAACGUAGUGUAAUUCUUCAUCUCAUCUCUCAGCUCAAACUUGGCAUGGACCUUACCAGGGUAGUGCUUCCAACAUUUAUUUUGGAGAAAAGAUCCCUGCUGGAGAUGUAUGCAAAUUUCAUGGCCCAUCCAGACCUGUUUUUGUCAAUUGCAGCUGGAGCCACUCCCGAGGAAAGAAUUAUCUGCUUUGUGGAGUAUUAUCUAACAGCUUUUCACGAAGGCCGAAAGGGAGCAGUUGCCAAGAAGCCCUAUAACCCUAUAAUUGGUGAAACGUUUCAUUGCUCAUGGGAUGUGCCUAAAGAUAAAGUGAAAGCAUUCAGAACUAAUGGUGCCUCCACGGUUUCUAAGGACCCAGCCAAGGAGUUUGGCCAGGAACAGUCCACGUGCUACAAGCUGAGGUUUGUAGCUGAACAAGUGUCCCAUCAUCCACCGGUAUCUUGCUUUUACUGUGAGUGCAAAGAGAAGAAAAUGUGUGUGAACGCUCACGUAUGGACCAAAAGCAAGUUUAUGGGCAUGUCAAUAGGUGUUUCUAUGGUAGGUGAAGGUGUUCUUUACUUGAUGGAACAUGAAGAGGAGUAUGUUUUCACCCUGCCCAGUGCCUAUGCUCGCUCGAUACUUACCAUCCCAUGGGUGGAGCUUGGAGGGAAAGUCAACAUCAAUUGUGCCAGAACGGGCUAUUCCGCUACGGUCACGUUCCACACCAAGCCCUUCUAUGGAGGGAAGGUCCACAGAGUUACAGCUGAAGUGAAACACAAUCCCACGAACACCAUUGUGUGCAAGGCCCAGGGAGAAUGGAAUGGUACACUGGAAUUUACUUACAGCAACGGAGACACCAAAGUGAUUGACACUAACAAGCUGCCUGUUAUCAGGAAAAAGAUCAGGCCCAUAGCAAAGCAAGGCCCACUGGAGUCCAGGCGCCUUUGGCAGCACGUCACCAGCUCCCUGAAGGAAGGCAAUAUCGAUGCAGCCACGGAACACAAGCACCGCCUCGAAGAGAGGCAGCGAGCAGAGGAGAGGCAGCGAGCGGCGCUCACAACACCGUGGAAACCCAAGUAUUUUGCCAAAGAGGGCGAUGGUUGGCUGUAUUUGAAUCCUCUCUGGAAGACCCAUUGAUGGGAUAGAGCAGUUGCCUUAAAGGCAUUAAAAUGAUACAGUAUGUAACU